AUGGGUCUGAUGUCGCGCUGCAGGCAGAAGAUGGCGAAGAAUCUUCUCCCUGCGUUUAACCUGGAUCUUGUCCGCCAGCACACGGAUGUGAUCAAGGAGGAGGAGAGGGAGGAGGUGUGCAAUGCCGCCGCGUGCUACCCUAUCAGCGACAUCAACAACCUGGUUUUCAUCGGCACCUGGCGCGAUGCCGCGGAUGAGAAGUUGCUGCGCCGGUACCACAUCACUCAUGUACUAAAUGUGGCUCGUGAGCUUAUCCCGGAGGAGGAACUUCACAGGAUGAAUUCCAUACGCUUUGUCAAGAGCAAGUGCAUCCCGCUAAGCGACAGCCAGAAUGAGGAUUUGGAGCAGUGUUUUGACGAGGCCUUUGAGUUUAUUCGCAACGCCGUCCGUCAUGGCAGGGUCUUAGUGCACUGUCGCCGAGGCAUCUCCCGCAGUGCCGCGAUAGUGAUUGCAUACAUCAUGGCCUCAGAGGGGCAGUCCUUUCGGACGGCGUUCGAGAAUGUACGCAGAAAAAGGCCCUGCAUCUCUCUGAACUUGGCAUUCAUCCAACGACUGGAGGAGUUCGAGACUCACCUUCACCUCAUGCGCCCCGCUGAUGGCAUGAAAUACGAUGGGACAGGUGCACGGCGUAGCGAGCGCGUGGAUGGGUUGCAUGCCAACGAAAGCGUGCGUUCUGAGCCUCAAAGCUCGCCGUUAGACUUGCGAUGCGGGUUUGAGGAACGCGUGGUGUGA